AUGAUACCAGAGAAGGAUCUGCCUGUGGCAGUCUACAGCAUCUUCCCGAAGAGGUCUGGAUCGGACGAGGACUUCAGCCGUCGCUAUGCUCCGCAUACUACAGUUCCUUUACAAGCAAUUCGAAAAGGACCAUCAAGGUUAGCACGACUGAGUCUGGACAACUGGGCAUGGGAAGUAGGGGCUACUGCAUUGUGUCUAUGCAUUUUGUCAGCCAUCGCAGCGGUCCUUCUUGCAUACGACAAUCAGCCCGUACCCUCUUUACCAGACACUCUUUCCAUCAAUGCAAUCAUCUCAUUUCUCGCAUCCAUCGCCAAAGCCAGUUUGAUGAUCGUGCUUGCAGCUGCCAUUCGUCAAGAAAAAUGGCUAUGGUUCAUCGGGAAGCCACGCUCUUUGGACGCAGUCGAUUCGUUUGAGGAGGCCAGUCGAGGUCCAUACGGUUCUCUACGCCUCAUCAUGACAUAUCGCGGAAGCCUUCAGGCGCUUCCCGCCGCAUUCAUCACCAUUCUCCCCCUGGGCUUCGAGCCAUUCCUCCAACAACUUGUCACCCUUGAAGUGCGAAACGUCCCCAUAAUCUCUGAUCCGGCCACAAUCCGAACACCAAUAUCCUACGACGAAACCGUCACCAGCAAUCUGGGCGGUUCGCGCCUAUCCAUGACCGCCCUCAUCGGAACACUUGGUGGCGCAUCAGGGGCCAUCCCUAGCCCCAUAUGCUCAUCCGGAAACUGCACUUGGCCAGCUUACAACACCCUCGGCAUGUGCAGCAUCUGCGAGGACAUGACCGACCAUGCAACGGUCUCAGGCGAUAUUUACAACAUCAACCUCACAGCCCACCUCCAAGACUUCGCCCAGAGCAACCAAAACGCCACCACUUCGUCCUGGACACCCUCCUACUCCUUUCCGAAUGGGAAUUCCCUCUCGUCGAUGCGACGAAGUGCAAUGGACACUGUCCUAUCCACGAAGCCCAAACUCAUCCCAGAUCCUCAUCCAACGCGCCACACAAUGCGCCCUAACACCCUGCGUCCGCACCAUGAACACAAAGUCCGUUCCGGCAGUCUCAUCUCAACUCGCGUCUUCACCUCCUACGGCACCGUCUCCCCUGAGACCCCCGGCUGGACCGCCACGGUGAACAAAACAACCUUCUCCGUCCUCGACAGCGCCACAAACACCGAAGGCCACGCUCAACUCCUUAUUCAAGCUCUCCGCACCGCGUUAGAAGGCAACACCACCUACGCACAAGCAGGCUACUUCGACGCCACUGACCCCUCUCACUCCUACACCUUCGACGCCACGGGCUUCACGCAAGUAUCCAGCCCCUGGUCCUCCGCAGGCCAACAAGCAAUCGACACAGCCGACAAUUUCACCUUCGUAGCAGAAGGCGUUGCCGACGCGUUGACAGGAGCCUUCCAGACCCUGCAAAACACAACGACAGCCGGCACCGCGCUCCGCACUCAGUCAAUCAUCACCGUCCGCUGGGCUUGGAUCGCCUACCCUCUAUCACUCGUCGCGCUGGGUCUGGCAGCUUUGACCCUGACCAUCAUUGCCACCCACACCCAGAAGAUGGCCCUCUGGAAAGAGUCCACUUUACCUCUGUUAUUCCGCUAUGCUGGUGGUUUGCCGACCGUUGGCCAAAACAUAAGCAAGUCAACUCCUGCCUUUUCAUUCUCCAACACGAUCUUCCCAUCCAAUGACCAGGAUUCAAAUCGAGUAAGUAGUAUUAUCACACAUGCUGCGGGGCAACGAGUCCAAUUGCGUCGGCGAAAUGGGGUUUGGAUUCUGGAGUCGGACAAGGGUACGCCAACGUCAACAAGAACACUGGGGACAGCUUCCAAGUAUGGUAAUGUCGACAAUUGGAUAUGA